UCCACCCCCGACUUGGGGCUCCUCGGAGGGCCGUCGACUUCGACGACCCGACGACCCGACGACAGUCCGAACCACCCUGCGAGCCCCAAACAUGGCGCUGGAUUUCGCAGCCACCUACAAGGUCCUGGUGCUCGGCGACUCGAACGUCGGCAAGACCUGCAUCGUCCACCGCUACUGCGACGAGCGUUACUACGACACCUACAUAUCCACCAUAGGUAUCGAUUUCAAGCAGAAGAUCAUUAACCUGGACGGCACGCCGAUAAAGCUGCAGAUCUGGGACACCGCUGGCCAGGAGCGAUUCAGGACCCUCACGACGGCUUAUUACAGGGGCGCGAUGGGCAUCCUGCUGAUGUACGACGUCACCAGCCUGGAAAGCUUCAACCAUCUCUCCUACUGGCUUAGAAACAUCCAGGAGAACGCCUCUCCGGACGUGGUGAAGGUCCUGGCGGCGAACAAGUGCGACGCCAGCACCCACAGGGCCGUGGACGCGGAGAGGGGCCAGAAGAUCGCCGAGAACUUCGACAUGCCCUUCUUCGAGGUCUCCUGCAAGGAGAACAUCAAUAUCGAAGAGGCCUUCCUCACCCUGGCGAGGAGAAUACGCGAGCAGCGAGGUCGCAGGGCGAGUCUCUUCGAGGCCUCGGAGAGAGAAGGCGCGGAUAGCAUAAUCAAGGCGCAAUCGCCGUCCCAGCAGGGCGACGCGUGGCGAUGUUCCUGUUAGCCUGGAAGAGACCCCCGCGAGGCCAAGUGCGAAGACGAAGAGUCGCCACGAUUCGGAUCCAGACCGUGGUCUAAUGGUUGGAAGGCUUUGACCACCCUGCGAGGCCAGGAAGAGCGGCAAGCGGUCGGCAGGGGCCGAGGUCGUCGUCGUUCUCUGCACAGCGUGAGACUGCCGCGUCCAAGGGACGCCAGGAAGAGCCGAGGUCAUCCUCGGGGUCUUCAUGGAGGAAUGGACCGUGCUUCGAGAUCCGAAGAGAAGACCCGUGG